AUGCAGUUAACUGUUAUUAGUCUUUGGUUUCUCAUGAACCUUCUUGGUUUCGACCUUCUGCCAUGGGAACGAUAUGUUAAUCUAGGAUCAGCAGGACAACCGUUAGGUUCGGCCAUCAAUCAGACUUCGCUUGCCCAUCAACAUUUUCUCAUCGGUUAUCUAUGUCUGCAUUCAUUUCACUAUGAGUCUGCACAGGAAGCUUUUGCCAUGGCUCUCGAAGAAGAUAAUACAUUUGUUGAAGCUCAUAUCGGACGAUUAUUAGGGUUUGUAUCUAUUACUCAAACAUUGUGGGAGUAUAUGGACCGUGAAGGUACACUUCAAGCUUGGAAUGAGACCUGGGCAAUAUUUAACAAUAGUAAUGUAACGUUGACACCGUAUCAACUAGCUUAUUUGAAUACAGUCUAUCAAUGGUUUGCCUAUGAAAACAUCAGUGAUGGCGAAGAUGUCUUUCUUCAGUCAAUGCUUAACCUCACACAGACAUUUCCAAUAGAUACUGAUGCUCAAACUCAACUUGGUCUCGUCUAUCUCAAUAUUGCCAUCCGAGAAACUUUUGAAUUGCAAAUGUUAGAACCACCUGCUAUGCUGGAAGCAAGGAAAGUGUUGCAAAAGGUUCUCGCUCAAGAACCAUCGCACCCUGGCUGUCUUCACUAUCUAAUCCAUGCGUGUGAUAUACCACGUGUGGGUUCAGCUGUGCAAGCAAUUCCAUAUGCUCAUAGCUAUAGAGAAAUAGUUCGUACUGCAUCGCAUGCACAACAUAUGGCCACACAUACAUGGAUUCGUAUAGGUGCAUGGCCACUGGCACAAGAAGACAACGAGCGAUCAGUGAACGUCAGUGUAAUCCUUUGUAUGCUAAAACUAAAUCAGAUGAAUUCCACAGAUGUUUUAUCGUUUACAUUCUCCGAAUUGUUAAUUCGGUUAAUUGUAACUGAAGCACAAGGUUUAAUUGUUUGUGACUUCGAACAUGUUGGGCAUUUGUACAGUGUGCAAGGCCAUAUGGUUAUUGAAGGAUUCUUUUGGCUUAUGUAUCAUGGAAAAAGAAAUCAAGAAUGA